GGAAGCUUUGGGAUCACUUCAAAGUAAUAAAUCUCCAGGAGAAGAUGGUUUUCCACCUGAAUUUUAUAAAAAGUUUAAAGAUUUAUUAAUUCCUCCUUUUAUGGAGUUAAUAUAUCAGGCGGAAAGAACGCAUAAACUUCCAGAAUCUUUUUCAACAGCUAUUUUAAUAGUAUUGCCAAAAAAAGACAGAGACCUUUUAAAACCAGCAUCAUAUAGACCUAUUUCUUUAUUAAACACCGAUUAUAAAAUAAUAGCAAAAAUCUUAUCUAAUAGAUUAUCUAAAUGCUUACCAAAAUUAGUGCAUAUGGAUCAAACAGGAUUUAUCAAAAAUAUGCUGUGGUACUGCUUGACAGACAGUAGCAGCUGAAACAGUUUGAGGUUGGGGUGGCUGGAGUUCUCGAUAAUCCUCCGGGCCCUUUUUACUCAGCUGCAGAGCACUCUGAUUCUAUGCUAAAUGCACCUUGAUAAUAAAUUUACUUUGAGCGUUGAACUUUUCUGAACCAGGAGCAGUAAGGGGAAGAGACAGUCAAAAGGACAUUUAAUGUCAGAGAAAUGUAUACAAUGUACGAGGGGUGAUUGAUAAGUUUGUGGCCCUGGGUAGAGGGGUGAUUGAUAAGUUUGUGGCCCUGGGUAGAAGGAGUCCGUUUUAGAGAGCCUAGCACAUUUAUUUUUCAACUUAGUCCAGCGGUCGUGGAGUAUACGGAUCUUGGACCUCCAGAAAGUGUCCACAGGUGGCUGAUUGAUAAGUUUGUGGCCUAAGGUAGAAGGAAAUACAGGUCUUGUUACAGAAUAUUUGAAGUUAAUAACCCGCCCAGAAACAUCAGUGGUCAUAAAUCUGAUUCCAAUUUCAUGCCUACACUGUAAUUGCUUGGCAAGAUUCCACUUGGCUCUUCCUUCCUUCAUUCAUUCAUUCACAAUCCCGGGGGCGAGAUGAAUUCCGUGGAAAUCUUUCCGUCAAUAUGAAUAAUGUGUCAGUCAGGAGUCGGCAGCCAAUAUAAGGCGGGUUUGGGAAGUGGCAGACAGCAGGGAGAAGGCUCCACACACAGAGACACACACACAUAGAAGGACAACAGCGUCUGUACGCACAUCGCAAGAAAAAGGAUGAAUCACAAGAUGAUCGCCCUCCUCAUCGGCGUUGCUCUUCUCUGCGCUGCCACAGUGGCGCAAAACAGUCACUCGAUAAGCUGCUGCACAGAAGUGUCCAAUAAUGUCAAAAGAGGACUGCUGAAGCUCGUGAAAUGCUUUGAAAUCCAGGAGACGCAGAUGUGCAACAUCAAGGCAGUGAUCCUCCACAUGACAUCAAAGAAAAUUUGCAUAGAUCCAAAAAACCCCAUGCUGAAAAAGUGGACGCAGAAACACCAAAGCAAGAAGCAAUGCAAGGCCAGAAGCUGAGAAGACGGACCAGCGACGGGUUCCGAGACCAGGGUGGCCAACGGCUUCAUUCAGUGACUGUGGGACCAAUUGCAGUUGGCACCUCUUUCCAAUCCACUUCUGAACUCAGGCACCUUAUCACCGUCGGAAUGUUUACAAGCUGCUUUUCGAUUCUGGAGUCAAGUACUACAGCCUAUGACAAUAUUUUAUAGAGUGGUUGAACACUACAAUCCCCCAACAGGCCCUUCGGCCCAUCUAAUCUGAGCCAAAUGUAAUCCCAUUAACCGAUACCCAGACGCUAGACCUCUACACAUCUCCACUCCAUGUACAUUACUGUGUAAAUACCUUGGGCACAUACUAUAUAUAUUGCUAGUACUAUAGUAAUUUUAUGUAUUACACUGUCCUGCUGCUGCAAGCAAAAGCAGAUUUCAUGACAUAUGCAAGUGAUGAUAAACCUGAAUCUGAUACGGGUCUCGAUUGUGGACA